UUUUUUAUGAGCUCCUGCGUCGGUCUUAUCUCCUCAAUUGCAGGGUUCGAGCAGCUCAAAACCCACGGCAUCUUCGCCUUCCUCCCGAGUUCCUCAUCAAUGGCGGCUUCUUUGACCUCCAUCGCGAGCGUACGCCCAAAAGAUGCGGGUGUUCCGAGCAUCGCUUCCCGGGCUCCUCUUCUGAGGCCUUCGAACACCUACUCGGGCCUGAAAUCCUGGACGCGGCCGGAAAUUUCGUCUUCCUCCGCUCUCCGAUUCGCGCCCGUUUCCCCAAGAAUAGCCCGCUGCACCAUUUCGCCUCGCGCGGAGCUGAAGGUGACUGAGCUGCAAUCUAAGGUUACCACUAAAGUGUAUUUUGACAUAAGCAUUGGCAACCCGGUUGGGAAGGAUGUGGGGAGGAUUGUGAUUGGGCUGUUCGGUGAUGAUGUUCCGCAGACGACCGAAAACUUUCGUGCUCUUUGCACAGGUGAGAAAGGUUUCGGGUACAAGGGAUCUUCAUUUCAUCGUGUAAUCAAGGAUUUCAUGAUUCAAGGAGGAGACUUUGACAAGGGAAAUGGAACUGGUGGUAAGAGCAUUUAUGGUCGCACAUUUAAAGAUGAGAACUUCAAGUUGGUUCAUGUGGGACCCGGAGUGCUUAGUAUGGCAAAUGCAGGACCCAACACUAAUGGAAGUCAGUUCUUCAUCUGCACUGUGAAGACGCCAUGGUUGGACCAGAGGCAUGUUGUUUUUGGCCAUGUUCUUGAGGGUAUGGACGUGGUGAAGUUGAUCGAGUCUCAAGAGACAGAUCGCGGAGACCGGCCAAAGAAGAGGGUUGUGAUCAGUGACUGUGGCGAGCUUCCAGUGGUCUAAAAGAGGACAUUUUUUUUACCUGAAUAAGAGGAUCAUCUGGCACUCGAGCUUACAAUUUUCUACUUUUCAUUGUGGCGUGAUCGAUAGUGACAAGGUCGACAAUAUUUGAAGAAUGCAUUGAUUGCUUGCUACUUCUUUUCCAGGUUUUAGUUCAAUCUGUACGAGCUACAUCAAUAAUCAGAAAAACGGUUUCAUUUAACUGGUUUUAAAAUAA